AUUGAAAAUGUUAAUAAUAUUAUUUAAUAAAAGGACAUAUGAUUAAAAUUUAUUGCUGGUAUCGCGUGUGCGCUUCGUGCAUUCGUCGUUUAUAGUCGGGUAUUUUACAUCUAUACGAAGAUAAAAACAUAGUGCUUUUGCCUUCUUUUUCAGAAAUACAACAAAAUUCAAUCCAAACUCGUUUGUCCGAUAUAGUUCAAUAUGUAAACUGUGUGGAGAUGCAAAUAUUAUUGGACUCUAAUAGGAUAAAUGUAGUUUUAUAUAGAUGGAAAACUCAUAAAAUACCUAAGCCGGCAAUACUAUUGCAAUAUUUUUUAUUGACACAAGUCUAAGGAUUUUAAAACAAAAAACAUAUAUUAUAGUUUCGAUUUGGAGGCCAACAAAGUUAAAAUGUUACAGUCUAAUGAAGGGAAUAUCUAUUUGCAGUGUUUUAAACUAUCUGACUAUCCCAAUCUUACCCAUCGUAUAUAUCUGCGAAAGCGAAGCGGAUAUAAAUACUUUACAGAUGAUGAAGGUGAUGUGUCUGAUGAUUGUAACAACAUGAAUGCUCAAAAAAUCAGUACAGAAGAAGAUGCAUACCUUUCAGAUGAUGACACUCUUUCAAGUAGUCAAAAUAUGACACAAAAAUAUCAACAGCAUCUAACUCUGGUAGAAUCAACUGAUGAAGAUGAUGACAUUGGUCGAAAAAUUAAUACACAUAAACGGCCCAAACGUAAACGUAAGAGUGUGUCAUAUAUUGAAGAUAACGAUGAUGAAUCAUCAACUAGCCAAAGUAUCGCGACAGACAAACGUCAAAAGCGUAUAUAUGUGAUAGAAACAUCUAGUGAAGAUGAUGACAUUCCAUUAAUAAACCUAAACGUGAAAACAAAUAAACGUAAAAGGCUUGUAACUAAGACAAAAGUAUAUGUUGAGGACGAUGACACGCCAUCAACUAGUUCAAGUAUCAUAGAAAAUAAACGUCAAAAUCAUACCGCUGAAGUGGAAACAUAUGUUGAAGACCUCGAUGAACCAUCAACUAGUCAAAAUAUUUUGAAACGUCAAAUACGCGCAACGGAGGUAGAACCAUGUAUUGAAGAUGACGAUAAACCAUUAAAAAGCCGAAUUGUCAAAACAUAUAAACGUGAAAAGCUUGCUAACACGAAAUCGUGUAUUCAGGAAAGCCAUAAACCAACAAGUAGUUCCGGAAUUAUAAAAAAUAAAGCUCAAAAUUAUAUAGCAAAGGAGGUAACUUUUGUUGAAGAUGAUAACAAACCAUCUACUAGUAAUAAUAUUUUGAUGCAUAACUGUCAAAAGCAUUCAGUUGUAGUUGAAGCAUGUGUUGGAGAUAAUGACAAAUUACCCAGUCGCAGUAUUUUGAUAAAUAAACAAAAACCGUGUUCAGCUGAGGUGGAAUCAUAUGUUCUAGAUAACGAUAAACCACCAAACAGCCAAAAUAUUUUGACAAAUAACCGUCAAACGCAUUCAGCUCAGAUGGGGGCAUGCAUUGAAGAUAAUGAGAAACCACCAACUAAUCGCAGUAUUUCGACAAAUAAAAAACAAACGUAUUCAGCUGAGGUGAAAACAUUUGUUAAAGAUGACGAUAAACCAUCAAGUAACCAAAAUAUUUUGAUAUAUAAACUUCAAACGCGUUCAGCUAACGUGAAAGCAAGGGUUGAAGAUAACGACAAGCCAUCAACCAGUCAAAUCAUCACAACACUUGCACAUCAAAGAAGUGCAAAUAACGUGAAUGUAAGUUUAGGAGAUGACGACAAACCAUCAACCAGUCAAAUAUCAAUUACAAAUACACAACAGAGAAAUACAAAUAACGUGAAAGCAGUUGACGACAAACCAACCAGUCAAAUAUCCAUUAGACAUGUACAACAAGGAAGUACAAAUAACGUGGAAGCAAUUGUUGAAAAUAACGACAAACCAUUCACUAGUCAAAACAUCAUAACACAUGCACAUCAAAGAAGUGCAAAUAACGUGGAUGUAAAUAUGGAAGAUGACGACCAACCAUCAAACAGUCAAAAUUUCAUGACUCUUGAGCAUCAAAAAAUUGCGCAUACCAUGGAAACAUUUGUUGAAGAUGGCGUUAAACCAUCAAGCAGCCAAAAUAUUUUGACUCAUAAACAUCAAAAGUAUUUACUUCUGGAUGCAUGCGAUGAAGAUAAUGUCAAACUACCAACUAGUUGCAGUAUUUCGACAAAUAAAAAACAAACGUAUUCAGCUGAGGUGAAAACAUUUGUUAAAGAUGACGAUAAACCAUCAAGUAACCAAAAUUUUUUGAUAUAUAAACUUCAAGCGCGUUCGGCUAACGUGGAAGCAAGGGUUGAAGAUAACGACAAACCAUCAACCAGUCAAAACAUCACAACACAUGCACAUCAAAGAAGUGCAAGUAACGUGAACGUAAGUUUAGCAGAUGAGGACAAACCAUCAACCAGUCAAAUAUCAAUUACACGUACACAGGAAAGUAAUACAAAUACCUUGAAAGCAGUUGACGACAAACCAACCAGUCAAAUAUCCAUUAGACAUGUACAACAAGGAAGUACAAAUAACGUGGAAGCAAUUGUUGAAGAUAACGACAAACCAUCCACUAGUCAAUACAUCAUAACAUAUGCACAUCAAAGAAGUACAAAUAACGUGAAUGUAAGUAUAGAAAAUGACGACCAACCAUCAAACAGUCAAAAUUUCAUGACUCAUGAGCAUCAAAAAAUUGCGCAUAGCAUGAAAGCACUUGUUGAAGAUGGCGUUAAACCGUCAAGCAGCCAAAAUAUUUUGACUCAUAAACAUCAAAAGUAUUCACAUCCGGAUGCAUGCGUUGAAGAUAAUGUCAAACUACUAACUAGUCGCAGUAUUUCGUCAAAUAAAAAACAAACGUAUUCAGCUGAGGUGAAAACAUUUGUUAAAGAUGACGAUAAACCAUCAAGCAACAAAAUAUUUUGA